CCGUUUCCUGCUCCCUCCGCCUUAUCUCGUCCACUUUUCAGGCGAGACGCAGUUCAUCUCAAAUAGUCAAAUAGAUUGUUGUUGACAUCCGCCAUCUGUCUGUAGCCAACUAGGUUGUUUUUUGUGUCUAGGAGCACUGGUCGACACUCCAACAUAGGUGGCGGUAAUGCGUCUCAACGUUUGUUACUGCCCGCCAUUAAAUAGAAAGACGAAAAGCUGUAGUAGUUAGCUUUACAGCUAAGUUCGACAUUAGUGUUGUGUACGUUGUGAAUAUUGUCAAUAUACAUGGUAAGAAGAACAGCCACGAUGGCGUAUUCUGGUUAAGAUGUUAAUAACGUUGUGCUACGUCUACCUGUGGGUGCGCUUUCACAAGUGCUACUCGGUGCUGAUCCGCAACAGUCUGUCCAGACUGAACAGCAGCAGCUUCAGCUUCAGUGUCUGCUCCAGCUCGGCCUCAUCAGCCGUAGCACCGCCGACUGGACGCCACACAGCUGCACGCCGGCAGCCCAGCCCGCUCCCAUCCGAGGACAUCGUCUUCCUCCAGCUGGGAGACAAAGCCGUCUAUGUCACAGAGCCUCAGGUAUGUGAUGAUCUCAGCAAAUGGACUGUGCUGUUGGGGUCCUCUCUGGUUUGUGGUCCACAAAUAGAGAAUAUUUCAUUCAUCAUAGAAGCUACAGGACACAGAGUGGGCUACCAUUCUCCUCAUACAUCAAAUAAGAAAGUCCUGAAGUGGUCUGAUUACUGUCUUCCUCUGGCCUGUAGCCCUGGCAAACCGUUCAAGGCGGUGGCUCAGGCCAGUGUUGAUAACUUCAGUCGGCUGGGGGUGGCUUUUAUUGAAGAUCGCCUUCAGCUGGACAAUGGACUUAUGCCUUCAAAGAUAGUCCCUGUCCUCCUCCAAGAAUCUACUCUCAGUGAGCUGUUGGAGAAGCAGUGUCCACAGACGGAGAUGUCACUGCAGCUCUGUGGCACCCAGACUGAAAAGAGUGUUGCUGAGCCUUUUCCUAGUAACCUGUCAGCUGACCCCCAGCACCUAGGGUGCCGUAAAGGUAGCCUUCUCCUUACCUUGGAAGCAAAGAGGAGGUUAGAGGAGCGUCGAGGAUCAGAGCCGCUCCGCAGCACCCAGGAUUUGGGACCUGUUGGUGACUCGGAGGACAAUUCCUUGGGGAAUCAUCACCACAUGGAGAGCCAUGGACACCACCUCCAUCUAUCCAGCUGCCACGAAUGUUUGGAGCUGGAGAACAGCACCAUCCUCUCUGUCAAAUAUGCCUCCGCUGAGAACAUUCCAGACCUUCCUGAUGAUAAUUCAGUAGAGCUGGAUAGUGGGGAUGAGACUAUGGAUGAAGUUGAGCAUGAUACCAAAGGGUUUUAUGGUCAAAGCAAUGGAUUUGACUGUAAUAGCAAACCGCCAAAUGUUCUGGUCUACACGGGUGGUUGCCAGGAACGUUUUCAGGCUGUUUUUCAGCUUUUAUCAGAGUGUAUAAACAUGGAAAACAACAUAAUAUAUCCCCUCCAACCACAGCAGGCUCUGAGCGAUCCUUGGCUGGACAACAGCAGGCUCCUGGUACUGGCAGAGGAGGAAACCCUGACCCCCCAGCUUCAGACGCGCUUUCUCACUUACCUGAGCCAGGGUGGCAGGGUGCUCGGGCUAGCCUCCACCCUGUGCCCUGCAGGCCUCUGUCUGGAAGUCAGAGAGAGGCGACGCGGGCAGGUCAGCACGCUGAGCUUCACCAGGGAGAACAGCACAGAGCUGGAACUGAGCCUGUUGGCGAGUGGGAAGGUCUACAUUAGGGAUACUCAGGGAGGAGGGGAAGUGGAGCUCUGGGGCGAGCUGAAAGGGAACAUUCCUCAUCAGAGGGAUAUGGUUAUAGUCAGGGUAACCCACGGAGGGGACGGUGGGGAAGCUGUCCUCUGUCAGGUCCACCUGGAAAUUGGUCCUGACUCCCAGAAUUUGACGUCAGAAGGUUUUGAUGAAUUGAAGGUCAGCAACGCACUGCGUUAUGAAGUCUUGACAGAAAUCCUGACUUCUCUGGGCCUCAGCUGUGAGCUAAACAAGACUCCAGCCCCAAGCCCAGUCCACCUGCUGGCCACCUCUCUGGAGGCCAAGGACAGCUUCCUGAAGUGGCUGCAGACACAUGCAGAUGAAAAUGGCCUCCUCACAUUGUCCAAGGCCUCCCUCAGGAUGGUGUCCUGUUCUGAGCUCCAGGAUUGUCCUUUGCUGCCUGAGGGCUCUCUUGCCCUGGUUACCAACUCUUCAGAGUCCCAAAGCUGGGCACAGUUCAGUAUGGAGACCUACACCAAGAACCUGAAGACCAGCCUACUAGGGCGCACCCUGCUGUACGCUGAGGUCGUCACGUCUACCAUGGACCUGUUAGAAGGGCUGACUCUGCACUUACCAAAGGACGUGGGUUUAAUAGCAGUAGCUGCGCGACAAAGCCAGGGCAAAGGUCGGGGCAGGAAUGCCUGGCUCAGCCCUCUGGGUUGUGCCAUGUUCACUCUGAGGGUCCAGGUUGAGCUGAACUCCAGGCUCGGACAGAGGAUUCCCUUUCUGCAGCAUCUGGCUGCUCUGGCGGUGGUGGAGGCUGUUCGCACACUUCCUGGAUACCAGGACAUAGACCUGAGGGUGAAGUGGCCCAAUGACAUCUACUACAGUAACCUAAUGAAGCUUGGGGGAGUACUGGUGACUUCCACUCUAAUAGGAUCAACCUUUCAUCUGCUCAUAGGCUGUGGGUUCAAUGUGACAAACAGCAACCCAACAGUGUGCAUCAAUGACUUGAUCCAGCAGUACAACAUACAGCAUAACUGCAGCCUGCAGCCACUCAGCUGUGCCCAACUCAUCGCUCGGACUGUCAGCUGCCUGGAGUCCCUCAUCAGCAGUUUCCAACAAGAAGGCCCAGAUGCCAUCCUGCCCACCUACUACAAGAGAUGGCUUCACAGCAAGACUCGGGUGCGUCUCUGGAGCGAGAACGGACUGGAGGCUGAGGUAGUGGGUCUGGACUGCAACGGCUUCCUUCAAGUGCACAGCAAGGAGCAGGGCGUGGUCUCAGUGGAGCCUGAUGGAAACUCUUUCGACAUGCUGAAGAACCUGGUGGUCAUCAAGCAGCGUUAGGACCAAACUCAAGAAAAUACAGAAUCGUCUCUUUCAACACAUUCAACCAAUAACUGAGUUAUUUAGUCAGAAAAAUGUAUGCAACUAUAUAAAUAAUAUCCAGGUUUUCUAAUUGACUAAAACAUCGAUAAAUAUGUUACUGGUUUAAAGUGGCAGUAUUGGUUAGCUUCUCCUUAUGUUAACAUGACAUACAUUUGAACUAGUUGGGGUAACUUGUUGGAAGACCUGCGGGUUUGGGAUCAACAAUUCAAACCAGUAUACAAGUAACAACUUGUACUACUUUCUGGGAACAAUAAAUCUUGUACCCCUCAUCUGAACAUCUAAUCUGAUUUCACAUGAGAACAGUGAUCAUUGCAGCUUUUUCUGUUGCUAAUUUCAGCAAAAUAAAGAUUUCCACAGAAA